AUGAUUCACCUCGCCGCCUACCUUGUGGUUUUGGUUAUUGCUGCCUUAUUGACCUGUCGUGCCUUUGGCGGCAGCAGCAAGAGUGCGCAUGUGCUCGCUGGGCCCUCACGGGGUCUUGACUUGUUCUCCGCAUCCUCUUCGCGCGGGGACGGUGUGAAGGCGAAACUCCCCUCACACAUCCAUACAUUAGAUCUGGAGCAAACACGCAUGUUGGCACAUUUACACCAGACGUGUUGUGUGCUGCCGGUGCGGGCGGAGACGGUGGAAGUCCUCGCGGGGCCGGCGAAGUUCUACGCGGAACUGCAGCGACGCGUGCGGGCGGCGCAGCGGCGGAUUGUGAUGUCGGCACUGUACGUUGGCGAUGGCCCGCUGGCCGCACAGUUCGUGGCGUGUUUGGAGGAGAAACUCACAGACGCCGUGAAGACCGGCAAGCCGCUGGAGAUUUGUUUGCUGCUAGAUCACAAUCGAAUGCACCACAGCCGCAAUCUGCUCACGGUGCAGCGACUGUUGUUGCUGCAGCCCCCUGCAACAGCCGCCGUGCGAGUGCGAGUGUAUCUCUUUCAAUCACCGAGCCGCUGGGGUCGUUUGCUCGCCCCACUAGGCCGAGCACGAGAGGUGUUGGGUGUGCAGCACACAAAGAUAUUUUGUUUUGAUGACCGUGACACCAUACUGACAGGCGCUAAUCUUUCCGAUGACUACUUUGCUACUCGCAUGGACCGCUAUGUUGUGAUUGAGGACAACCCACACGUUGCCGGUUGGUUUACAGACCUUGUAGAGACACUUUGCCACAUUUCACAUCCUGUGGUAUGCCGUGAAGAGUUCGCACGCAGGAAGGAUGAUGGCAAUAGUAGUAGUACUAGUACUAGUAGUAGUAGCAAGAGUAAUAAGAGUACCAAUAACCCUACACUACAUAAAAAAAGUGAUUUGGUUAUUCUUCCAAAUGCUUCGGGUGUUGAUCCCUCAUCGGAGUGUUCUGUUUUCUGUGCUCUGGCUCAUCAGCUCUUAAAAGAGUUUGCUACCAGAGCUGCUCAGGCAUCAGCAGCAUUGCAGCCAUUUGAAGAAGAAUACGAUACCUUUAUAUUUCCGACUCUCCAAUACGGACGAGCAGGCAUCUUUCACGACUCUUUGGUUCUCCAGCAGCUACUUCACAUGGUCCCACCUUCAACACAUGUUUAUUUGACUUCACCUUAUCUCAACAUGUACGCACAGUUUGUGGAUGAAGUUCUUCAAAGUAAGAGUUCAUAUGAUUUUAUUACAGCUAGUGUUGAUACAAACGGGUGGCGUGGAGCCAAAGGAUUUGCCGGAUACAUCCCCUACUUUUAUUUACAGCUUGAACGAGCCUUCUACUACCUUAUGCAGGCCUAUGGCUGCUCAGACCGUGUUCAGGUACGGGAAUUCAGUGUAGAUGGUCUGACCUUUCAUGCCAAAGGUUUGUGGUUUACCAAUCAGGAAAAGGUUGUGAAUGGUAUUUGUGAGAAGUCAUGCAAUGGUCCAAGUAGUAGUAGUGGUAGUAGCAGUAGUAGUGGUAGUAGUAGUCCCUGUGUUUGUAAGCAUGAGGGAGAGAAGGGGCACGUUGCUGUGGGUGCCCCAUACCUCGUUGCUUAUGGCAGCACAAACUACGGCAAUCGCUCAGUCCACAAAGAUGUUGAGGCGGAAGUGUUUCUCUUUACCACAAACACAACUCUUCGUGAAGCCCUGCGGGAUGAAUUAGUGUUCUUGUUGCAGCAAUCAAAGGUUGUCACUGAGGAACGUUUUGUACGUGGCGCACGAGGACGAUUUCAACCUGUUGUUUCUUUACUCGCCCAAAUGGGACAAGAUUAUCUUUAA